AUGCUGGCCGCGUGCGGAGCCGCCUUCCUCCUCAUGCACCUGGGCUUGCCGCCGUGGCUGGGGGUCGGCGCCCAGGCCACCCCCCAGGUCUUUGAUCUUCUUCCCUCUGCCAGCCAGAGGUUGAACCCAGGUGUUCUGCAGCCGAUCCUGACAGACCCCACCCUGAAUGAGCUCUAUGUGAUCUCCACCUUCAAGCUGCAGACUAAAAGUUCAGCCACUAUCUUCGGCCUUUACUCUUCAACAGACAACAGCAAAUAUUUUGAAUUUACUGUGAUGGGGCGACUAAACAAAGCAAUCCUCCGCUACCUGAAGAAUGAUGGGAAGAUCCACUUGGUGGUUUUCAACAACCUGCAACUGGCAGAUGGCAGGCGGCAUAGGGUCCUCCUGCGAUUGACCAAUUUGCAGCGUGGAGCUGGCUCUGUAGAACUCUACCUGGACUGCACCCAAGUAGAUUCCACUCACAACCUCCCCAGAGCCUUUUCUGGCCUCUCCCAGAAUCCUGAAUCCAUUGAAUUGAGGACUUUCCAGAGGAAGGCACAGGACUUCUUGGAAGAGCUGAAGCUGGUGGUGAGAGGCUCGCUGUUCCAAGUGGCCAGCCUGCAGGACUGCUUUUUGCAGCAGAGUGAGCCACUGGCCGCCACAAGCACAGGAGACUUUAAUCGGCAGUUUUUGGGGCAAAUGACACAACUAAACCAGCUACUGGGAGAGGUAAAGGAUCUCCUGAGACAGCAGGUCAAAGAAACAACGUUUUUGCGAAACACCAUAGCUGAAUGCCAGGCUUGUGGUCCUCUCAGCUUUCAGCUUCCAACCUCCAACACACUGGUGACCCCUGCACCUCCCUCACCCCCAACACCCUCAGUGCGCCGCUGUGACUCCAACUCCUGCUUCCGUGGUGUCCGAUGUACCAACACUAGAGAUGGUUUCCAGUGUGGGCCCUGCCCUGAGGGCUACACAGGAAAUGGGGUCACCUGUUCUGAUGUUGAUGAGUGCAAAUACCAUCCCUGCUACCCAGGAGUGCGCUGCACAAACUUGGCUCCUGGCUUCAGAUGUGACGCCUGCCCAAUGGGCUUCACUGGCCCCACGCAACAGGGGGUUGGGAUUAAUUUUGCCAAAUCAAACAAGCAGGUCUGCACUGAUAUUGAUGAAUGUCAAAAUGGAGCAUGUGUUCUUAAUUCUAUCUGCAUUAACACUUUGGGAUCUUACCGCUGCGGGCCUUGUAAACCAGGGUACACCGGUGACCAGACCAGGGGAUGCAAAAGUGAGAGAAGCUGCAGAAAUCCAGAACUGAAUCCUUGCAGUGUGCAUGCACAGUGCAUUGAAGAGAGGCAUGGAGAUGUGACCUGUGUGUGUGGCGUUGGCUGGGCUGGUGAUGGCUAUGUCUGCGGAAAGGACAUAGAUAUUGACAGUUACCCUGACGAAGAACUGCCAUGCUCCGCCAAGAACUGCAAGAAGGACAACUGCAAAUAUGUGCCCAAUUCUGGCCAAGAAGAUGCAGACAGAGAUGGCAUUGGGGACGCUUGUGACGAGGACGCCGAUGGAGAUGGGAUCCUGAAUGAGCAGGAUAAUUGUGUCCUGACUCACAAUGUGGACCAAAGGAACAGUGACAAGGACCUCUUUGGGGAUGCCUGUGAUAACUGCCGGUCCGUCCUGAAUAAUGACCAGAGAGACACUGAUGGCGAUGGAAGAGGCGAUGCCUGCGAUGACGACAUGGAUGGAGAUGGAAUAAAAAACAUUCUGGACAACUGCCAAAGAGUUCCUAACCGUGACCAAUGGGACAGGGAUGGUGAUGGGGUAGGGGACGCCUGUGACAGCUGCCCCGAUGUCAGCAACCCUAACCAGUCUGAUGUGGACAACGAUCUGGUUGGGGACUCCUGUGACACCAAUCAGGACAGUGAUGGAGACGGGCACCAGGACAGCACAGACAACUGCCCCAACGUUAUUAACAGCGCCCAGCUGGACACUGAUAAGGAUGGAAUCGGUGACGAGUGUGAUGACGACGAUGACAAUGAUGGCAUCCCAGACCUGCUGCCCCCUGGACCGGACAACUGCCGGCUAGUCCCCAACCCAGGCCAGGAGGAUAGCAACGGUGAUGGAGUGGGCGACAUCUGUGAGACGGACUUUGACCAGGACCACGUCAUCGAUCGGAUCGACGUCUGCCCAGAGAACGCGGAGGUCACCCUCACGGACUUCAGGGCCUACCAGACUGUGGUCCUUGACCCUGAAGGGGAUGCCCAGAUUGACCCCAACUGGGUGGUCCUAAAUCAAGGCAUGGAGAUUGUGCAGACCAUGAACAGCGAUCCUGGCCUGGCAGUGGGAUACACAGCUUUCAACGGAGUUGACUUCGAAGGGACUUUCCACGUAAAUACUCAAACAGAUGAUGACUAUGCUGGCUUCAUCUUUGGUUACCAAGAUAGCUCCAGCUUCUAUGUGGUCAUGUGGAAGCAGACAGAGCAGACAUACUGGCAAGCCACCCCCUUCCGAGCUGUUGCAGAGCCUGGCAUUCAGCUUAAGGCUGUCAAGUCCAAGACAGGGCCUGGGGAGCAUCUCCGCAACUCCCUGUGGCACACAGGCGACACCAGUGACCAGGUCAGGCUGCUGUGGAAGGACUCCAGGAAUGUGGGCUGGAAGGACAAGGUGUCCUACCGCUGGUUCCUGCAGCACAGGCCCCAGGUGGGCUACAUCAGGGUGCGAUUUUAUGAAGGUUCUGAGUUGGUGGCCGACUCCGGAGUCACCAUAGACACCACCAUGCGUGGAGGCCGGCUUGGCGUUUUCUGCUUCUCCCAGGAAAACAUCAUCUGGUCCAACCUCAAGUAUCGCUGCAAUGAUACCAUCCCAGAGGACUUCCAGGAGUUUCAGACCCAGCAUUUCGAUCGCCUGGAUAAUUAAGGAAACAGUCCCACAAUUGCUUGUCCACACACUAAAGCUAUAUAUUUUUUAACUUCAUACAACUUUCUUUAUACACCCUGUGGCUUUCUUUUACCAACUUUUUUAAUAUGAU